AUGGUCUCUAGUGGCAGUGUGGAGUCCUUCAACAAUGUGUCACAAUUCUCCACUCAAAAUGGUUUGGAAAAUAUUAAGCUUGAUGAAGGGCAAAAUUUUAUUAAGAAAAAAUCUCGCACACCAUUUUCAAAGGAAGAAGACACACUUCUAAUUCAACCAUGGCUCAACAUGUCAAAGGAUCCAAUUGUAGGAGUUGACCAAAAAGCCAGUGGUUUUUGGUUAAGGGUUAGAGAAACCUACAACACCUACCAUGACCAACUCUUAAAGAGGGAAAAUGGUCAACUAAAAGCUCGAUGGCACCGAUUCAAUGGUCGUGUUCAAAAGUUUUUAGGCUGCUACACAUCUAUUUUUAAUAAAAGAAAAAGUGGAGCUUGUGAAGAUGAACCAAAAUGGAAGGGAGGUUCAAUUGAAAACUCUUCAAAAAGAACAAAGGUUAAUAAUUGUGGGGAGUAUUCAUCAUCCUCUAACCUAUGGACGCCCAUCGAUUGUUCAGACUAUGAUCAAGCAUCACCUAUAACCCGUCCAAUGGAACAACAGGAAGCAAAAAAGAAUAGCAAAGGAAAAUCAAAUGCAACAUCUUUUAAUGUUGAUUUAAGUGCCAUGGAAAAUGUUGUAACUGAAAGAAAUGCUAUCAUGAUAAGGAUGGCUAAGGCAAGGGAAAGUGAUGCUAUUGCAAGGGUGAAAGAAGCUAGUGCUAGGGAGUUAAAGGCAAAAGCAAUGAAAGCAAAAGCAAAAUCAAGGGAGGAUGAGAAUGAGACCAGAUGGUAUGAAAUCCUUUUCAAGGAUACAUCUACUAUGAAUGAGACACAACUUCAAGAUCAUGAAUUUUAUUGUAAUCAUAUUAAGGUGAAGUUAUGA